CGAAUAGAUGGGACCAUGAUCGCCAGACCUGCAACAGACCUUCUGUUAGCUUGGAACCCAGUGUGCUUGGGCCUGGUUGAGGGUCUCAUCGGGAAAAUACAACUUCAUACAGGCCCGUUGCCCUAGCGACUUCACACAGACACAGCCUGUACAUACACAUGCUGCUACAGAGCCAGUACUGUUUUUCCAUCAGAUAAGCAUGCCUCAACUUAAUUAUUUUGCACAAUGUCUCUCGUUCACAUUCGCUUGUAAAUGUCCAAACUCGCCAAAAUUGAUAUUAGGUAGCUCCUACCUAUAUAUGUGUAACUUUAUGAUUUGGAUUGCCUGUCAUUGCAAUUCGUUUAUUGUAGUUUACGCUCGUUAGCAUAUUUAGCUAGCAACCUCCAUGGAAUUUCGCCAUAACUUGUGCUAUAAUAAUGGUAAUAAAUGCCAAGUGGGCUGUUUUUUGGGGGGGGGGAAUUUGGCGCACCCUUGGAUACUAAACCGGUAAUACUGUAAAUUCCUGUGAGAGGAUGAUAUGACAAUAUGAAAGUCUGGAUACCGCCCAACCCUAGAAGUCAAACCUUAUGGAAUGUGUGGAAUUCUGUGCCUGUGAUGAUGUCCCCCUUACCCCUUCUUCUUGGUAGAUCUUCCUCUGGGUCUCAUACUGAUCCGCCAAAAAGCGCUGGUUGGCCAGAUGCCAGGUGACCACAAAGUCUACAAGAUCACCAAGAUAGCUGUCAUUCCUCUGUCUGAGGAAGAGCCACUGGAUCUAGAGCUGGAGCUUUGUAAGAAGCAUCACUUUGGGAUCGACAAGCCAGAGAAGCUUGCACCGUCUCCAGAUGAGUCGAAGUACCUGAUGAAAACUCUGAGUCAGAUCAAGUCCAAUGUUGGGGCUCCCACUAAGAAAAAGGUCAAGGAAAACAAAGAGAAGGAACGUCUCGAGAGGCGGCUGCUCGACGAGCUGUACAAGAUAUUCAUGGACUCCGAUUCCUUCUACUACAGCAUGACUUAUGACCUCACCAACACUGUGCAGCGGCAGGGAGACACAGAAAAGUCCAACUUACCCCAAUGGAAACAGGUGGAUGACAGAUUCUUCUGGAACAAACACAUGGUCCAGGAGCUAAUUGAUCUGCAGGUUCCAGAGGUGGACUUCUGGGUGACACCCAUCAUUCAGGGCUUUGUGCAGGUGCAGGAGCUGGUAGUGAAUUACAACGAGAGCCCAGAGGAGGAGAAGAGCAGCCCCGAUACGCCGCUCCAGGAGCUCACCUGCGUGGACGACAUCCACCCGCGCUUCACCGUGGCCCUCAUCUCCCGCCGCAGUCGCCACCGUGCAGGGAUGCGGUACAAACGCAGAGGGGUAGACACAGAUGGACACGUGGCUAACUUUGUGGAGACAGAGCAGCUGAUACACGUGCACAACCACUCACUGUCCUUUGUGCAGAGCCGCGGUUCGGUGCCUGUCUUCUGGAGCCAAGCAGGCUACCGCUACAACCCCAGGCCUCGGCUGGAGAAAGGAGAAAAGGAGACCAUUCCUUACUUUGCGGCUCACUUUGACGAGCAGCUCAACCUUUACAAGAAGCAGGUCAUCAUAAACUUAGUGGACCAAAGUGGGCGUGAGAAGAUAAUUGGCGACGCAUAUCUCAAACAAGUCCUUCUGUACAACAAUCCUAACCUUACAUAUGUCUCUUUUGACUUCCAUGAGCACUGUCGAGGUAUGAAGUUUGAGAAUGUGCAAACGCUGACAGAUGCCAUCUCUGAUAUUAUCGCAGACAUGAGAUGGGGCUGGGUGGACCAGGCAGGAGUCAUCUGCCAUCAGGAGGGCAUUUUCCGGGUCAACUGCAUGGACUGUCUGGACAGGACCAAUGUAGUCCAGGCUGCCAUAGCUCGUGCAGUAAUGGAGGCACAGCUGAAGAAACUAGGUGUGAUGCCCCCUGAGCAGCCUCUGCCGCUCAAGUGCUACAGGAUCUACCAGGUCAUGUGGGCCAACAACGGCGACACCAUCAGCAGACAGUACGCCGGCACAGCCGCCCUCAAGGGAGACUUCACCAGAACGGGGGAGAGAAAACUGGCUGGGGUGAUGAAAGAUGGCGUGAACUCAGCCAACCGCUACUAUCUGAACCGCUUCAGGGACGCAUACAGACAAGCAGUCAUUGACCUGAUGAUGGGCCAUCCUGUGACAGAGGACCUGUACUCCAUUUUCAGUAAGGAGAAGGAGCAUGAGGAGAAGGAGCAGGAGAGCCAGAGAGUAACCCAGGAGCAGGUCAGCCUCCUGCUACAGACUUACAUGCAGCUACUGCUGCCCGACGACGAGAAGUUCCAUGGUGGCUGGGCCCUCAUCGACUGUGACAUGAGCCUUAUUGAUGCAACCAGCAAAGACGUGGAUGUUCUCCUGCUGUUAUCCAACAGUGCAUAUUACAUUGCAUACUAUGAUGAGGAAGCUGACAAAGUCAAUCAGUACCAGCGCCUCAACUUGGAGGGUUUGGAAAAGAUUGAAAUAGGCCCAGAACCUACUCUGUUCGGGAAGCCCAAAUUCUGCUGUAUGCGUCUACACUACAAGAAUGAGGAGACAAGUGGGUAUUUUCACACACUGAGGGCUGUCACAAGGAAUCCUGAGGAUGACGGUAAAGACACGUUACAGUGCAUAGCUGAGAUGCUUUGCAUAACAAAGCAAGCCAUGGGACUUGACAUGCAGGUGAUUGAAAAGAAACUGGAGAGAAGGCACAGUAAACCUCACGAGGACAUCAUGGGCAGACACCCUGACCAGGUCCUUGGCAGCUCUGGUCUGGCUCAGGGAAAGAGCUUCCUCCUCAACAAGUUCUCCUCUCUCAACCAGAGGGUGAAGAAGUCCAAUGUCAACAUGGGCUCCUUCAAGGGGAGGCUGGGCAACACCUUCUCCACUAAGCCCGACGUGAACUUCCUGAAGCCCACCAUUGGGAUCACCCUCUGGAAGUCUGACAGCAGCUUGGAGACCUCCGAGGGGGCAAACACCGGCCCGGCUCUGAAGGACCUCUGUGACAACCACUCAGAGAUGUCGUCCGACUCAGAUUCGUACAACUCGGAUGAACACCUGCGCGCCGGCUCCUUGGAAAAUGUGGACUAUGUGCUGCCCAGCUGCGGCAUCGUGGCAUCAGCUCCUCGGCUAGGCAGCGUGGAGCUUAACAUCAGAGUCACUGGCUGUGACAGUAAACAGGGGGCUCCGGCUCUAGCCGGUCCUGAAGACCAGUCUCCCGACGCUACCUCAGAGGGUGAGGAGGCCAUCCUGAUAGACUUUGGAACGCCCAUUGAUGCCUAUUGCCACCAAUUCAUCCAAGAUGCGCAGACCAAACCUGUGGAGGUAUUCGGGGAGCAGAUGACUGGUGGCGUCCUAACACAGAACCCACAUGUCCCUUCACAUGCUAAAGGUCCCCUGGCCCCAGACGAGCACCCAGGUUCAGAUCAGAAGAUGCAGGCGAAAGAGCUCCAGCUCCCUUCCAGGCCAUCCCAGCUAGAUGUUACCUCCAGACCCAAUCUCCUGACUGCCCAGAAGCUCAGCUCGGCAGCUUCUGGCAGCUCCCAGAGGAGUCUGGGCUCUCACAUGGAGGGCAGCCUGGGCCCCUUGCCCGCCGACGGCAACAGCAGCCGAGUGGUCUCCCCCUUUGCCAAGAUCAAGAGCUCAAUGGUGCAGGUGGCCAGCCUGACCCAGGCCGGACUUACCCAAGGCAUCAACUUUGCCGUGGCAAAGGUGCAGAAAAGCCCAGAGCCAGAAAUGGGUGGUCUCAAUGAGACACAAGAGAAAGAGCUGAAGGCAAUGUUUACACAGUGCCAGACGAGGAUCAUACAGAUCUAGCACUUCUAAAGUUGCAGCCUCUAAGCAGGUUUUUGUACAGUUAGUAGUAUAGUAUUGUGACUUCCAGUACAGUAGCUAGCAGUAGCAUAAGCUUGCACAAGAAGGGACCCACACUGACUUGACUAAGAACCCUGCUCUUCAAUUCCCCUUGUAGUUGACCUGACCAUGUUUACAGCCAGUGUUGUGUAGUAUAUAAUACCCCAGCUCAAUACACGGCGUACUUAAUCCUAAUGCAAUUCCUUUCCGACUACCGCAAAGCAUUAUAUUCUGCCAAUAUGAACUAAUUGAACUAACCAUAGCCUAAAGAAAAUUAUUUCAUGAAAAGCAGCAAACAGACAACAUUCUUUAAUAAGACUCAAACAGAAAAAGGCAAUAGCUACACCUCGUUUCAAUUUCCCACCCAAAUACAGGGAAACUCUACAUAUUUCAAUGUGUUGAGUGCGCAAGUGGGUCUGUACUCUGUACGCAGCGUAGUACCUUCGUUGACGUGUUUUGCUCAACAAAGACUGAAGCAUUCCUUUCAGUUGACAUUUGCAUGUCAGGCUAUUGUUGAUAACUGAAUUAGAUAAGGUAGGCAAUAUCCAGUGCAUGUUGAGAGAUGAGCUCUGAAUUGAUUACUUUUGUGAUUCCAUAGGUGCAGUGCACCUAUUGGCGUUUGUGAUAUAGGCCUAGUUCAUAGCUCUGUUUCAAAAACAUUAGUAGAAGUAUCCGACCAAAUGUCCCUAUUGAUUUUCAAAGGGCAGCUCAAUGUUAGAUAUUAGACCUACCCUAGGCUAGUAAGAAAACAAACAUACAACUUCUAGAUAAAUGGGGAUCAAUGGGAAUAUAAAUGGGAAUAUUCAUGUGAAUAUUCAAAAAUCUGCAUUAAAAACAAUAUUCUCAUUUUCCCACCAGAGAUGUUUCCAUCAAAUUGACUUGUUGUGGAUAAAAAGCUGUGCAUGAUAACGUAGUGCACAUAAAAAUUACUUUUGCGGUUACAUUCCUGUUCCGAAAAAAAAACGAAACUAAAUUGCAUUUAACUUUUAACAUUUAACUCUGUUUUGUCACAAAACAAAUUGUUAUACAGUGGGGUCAGAAAUUAUUGACAACUUUAAUAAAGAUGAGCAAUGACUGAAAUAAUUAAAAUACUGAGCUAUAUUAUAUUCUCAAUUUUUUGGGGAAAAUUAUAUUAAUACAAUUACUCAGAAAAUAGAUUGUUUAAACAAGUAAUAUAAAAAGAUCUAAAGAAGGUGGGGUUCAAAAUUGACUCCACUAAAGAUUAUUGUAAAUAAAGUAGUCAAGUUUAGUAUUUGGUCCCAUAUCAUUAAUGGUAAAUAAUGUAUUGUGUUAUUUUGGAGUCACUUUUGUAAAUAAGAAUAGAAUAUGUCUCUAAACAUCACUUGAUACCAUGAUUACAGCUAAUCCUGAAAUGAAUCUUGAGUGAGAAAGUUUGACAUAGGAUCAUACCCCCCCCCCCAACAAGUUUGAGUCACAAGCUUAAUGUUGUCAUUGCGUGCUAGGAAUAUGGGACCAAAUACAACACUUUUGACUACUUUAUCUUUACGGAUGACAAUUUUGACCCCUAACUUCGAGAUUUUUUAAAAUGACUUGACCUGUUGAGGCGAGGGGUUCCCCUACGGGAACUCCACCCCGCACCCCGUUCAGCUGAAAAGGUGGCGCAGGGAAUGCAAAAAUAUUCUUUAGAAAUAUUUAACCUCCACACAUUAACAAGUCCAAUACCUCAAAUGAAAGAUAAACACCUUGUUCAUCUACCCAGCGUGUCAGAUUUUUUAAAUGUUUUACGGCGAAAACACAACAUAUAUUUAUGUUAGACCACCACCAAACCAAAGAAAAAACGUAGCCAUUUUUUUCAGCAAAAGAUAAAAAUCACAAAAGCAGGAUUUUUUAAAUUUUUAAAUCACUAACCUCUUGAAAAUCUUCAUCAGAUGACAGUCAUAUGACAUGUUACACAGUACAUUUAUGUUUUGUUCGAUAAUAUGCAUUUUAUAUCCAUAAAUCUCGGUUUACAUUGACACCAUGUUCAGAAAAUCCUCCAAUAUCUGGAGGAAUUAUAGAAAGCUACGCCAGAUAACAGAAAUACUCAUCAUAAACUUUGACUAAAGAUACAUGUUCUACAUAUAAUUAAAGAUACACUGGUUCUUAAUGCAACCGCUGUGUCACAUUCUUUUUUUUUACGUUACGGAAAAAGCCUAACAUUGCAAUAAUCUGAGACAGCGCAAAGACGUAACAAUAUUUCUCCGCCAUGUUGGAGUCAACAGAAAUACAAAAUUACAACAUAAAUAUUCCCUUACCUUUGAUGAUCUUUCAUCAGAAUGUAGUGCAAGGAGUCCUAGUUCAACAAUAAAUCGUUUUGUUUCAUUAUGUUCAAUUCUAGUGUCCAAGUAGCAGCAUUUGCUACCACUUUCAGCUCAAAUGCCCAAAAAAUUACUUCUGGUCCAGGAUAACUUUGCAUCAAAACUUCCAAAUGACAUAUUACAGGUCGAAGAAACUGGUCAAACUAGGUGCAGAAUCAAUCUUCAGGAUGUUAUAAUCAUAUAGAUCCAAUAGCAUUCCAACCGGAUCAUUCGUUUUCAUCUGGGGCUGAUUGGAACAGCCAAAGCACUCAAAGGCAAACGCGCCUCAACAAAAUGGAAUCCUUUUGCGACACCAACUACUUUCCUUCCCAUUAGGUCAAAGUUCACAGCAAAUGCUCCAUUACACUUUCUACUGAAUGAGGACAUCUAGUGGAAGACGUAGGAAGUGUUUACAGAUCCAUAACUUGUUGGGAAGGGAGGGGGCGAUGACGUCAAAGUUGCCCCAACUUUCAGGAUUUCAAAACUUGUUUGGAAGAUUGCCUGCCCUGUGAGUUAUGUUAUACUCACAGACAUAAUUCAAACGGUUUUAGAAACUUCAGAGUGUUUUCUAUCCAAUAUUAAUAAUAAUAUGCAUAUAUUAGCAAUUUAGGACAGAUUUUGAUGCAGUUCACUAUGGGCACGCAAUUCAUCCAAAGUGGAAAUACUGCCCCGUCUCUAACAAAAUCUCGUUCACUGAGAAAUUGUAUUAGUAUAAAAUAAUAAUUGCAUUCAUUAUUGCUCAUAUUUAUCAAGGGUGUCAAUAAUUUUGGACCCCACUGUAACCUAUGUGCCCACACUGGUCUUUGCACGUGCUCUCUAGCCAAAAGCUUGCAGAUAGAGUGCAGGUAGGCUACCGACAUGAUGAAUUUCCUAUUAUGGACAAAAGAGCAAGAUUUAUUUUUACUUGUCAAACGGAAGCCAAGCAUCGAUCAUCAUGUCACCAGAAUAAGACUCUCGAUAUUUAUUGGAAAACAGCAUUAAGCUUAUCACCGUGCACUUUCUCCACCCUCAUAACUUAUUCCAUCUGUAGCAUAAUACACUCCAUGCUUUUCCGAGUCGUAGUGGGUGGACCACACAUGUCAUUGUGUGACUCCAAGUUCGAUAUGAUCAUUAUUAUAUCAAUAUUUGCGUAUAAUUAAUUUUACUGACACAAAAAGAUCCCACCUUGUCAAGCAGAUUCUGUCGUGAAUUAUUUUAUUUUUCUAUCCCACUUUACUCUCAUAAAAAAGUUAGUUGGAAUCCUGGUUACUGUUGUCCAGUUUAUUCCCCAUCAAUAUAGGACAUUUAGCAACGUACAAGAAUUCCGGUAAGAGUAUACUGUUUGAUAUGCAAGUAUUGUACUGUAUGUAUAUCUGUUCCCUAAGUUAUAACCUUUUCAUUGACCAACAUGUAUUUAUGGACAUAUAACUAUAUCUCCGUACACUUUGGCUUUUGAUCAUGUUGAUGCUAGAGUUAGAUGCACUGCUGCUGAACAUUUCCGAAGGGGUUUGAGCAUUUUUCUUUGAGAAUACCCAAAAGUCACUAUUAACUGACAGCUUACCAAAAUCAUUUGAGAUUCCGUAAGCAUUGGUGGAUUGAUAGGAUUUAAUUGAAUUUUCAUACAAAUGGUUGUACCUAAUAUCUGCAUUAGGUCUAUGAGCCCUAAGUCCGUCACAUGUUUGACAAAUACUGUACAGUAGCAUAUAGAAUAUAUGCAAUGUGGUCCGUCCAAAGCUUAUUAAAAACACACUUCGAUGCUUUAUGCACUCCUGAAUCUAAAGUGUAAGCCUUAAAAGGACAUGAAAGUGGGAGAUUGUAUCAGGUAUUUAUGGCAAAUCUACCUUUAGAGUUAAGUUUAUUCCAUCAUGAUGUUGCAUAAUUUGUUUGAUAUUGGUACUGUAUAUUAGAUCAUGUUCAGGGUAAUGUCAGCUUUAUCUUGGGAUAUUCCAUCCUCUGGCCUAUGUUUUUAAAUGGUGUUCAAUGCUCAGGGCAUGAGCUCCAUUGGUGUGUUUUCAACUUUGUGGCAACAGUUUGGGGAAGGUCAAUACAGAAAUGGUUUGUUGAGAUUGGUGUGGAAGAACUUGACUCCAUAUUAAUGCCCAUGAUUUUGGAAUGAGAUGUUCAAUGAGCAGGUGUCCACAUUGGCCACAUCGUGUAUAAACGCAACAUGCAAUAAUUUCAAAGAUUUUAAUGAGUUACAGUUGUUAUAAGGAAAUCAGUCCAAUUGAAAUAUAUUCAUUAGGCCCUAAUCUAUUAGGAUUAGGAUUUCAAAUGGGAAUACAGAUAUGGAUCAGAAAACCAAGAAACUGUCCUUGGAAUUGUGGGUGCCGAAUGAUUUCCUAGUAGCCUGCUGAUAUUGUUUGGCACUGCCAAAGCUUUAUGACAGCUGCAAUGCAAUAGGAAUAUAAAGGCUUUAAGCAGGGCUAAGGGUUGUAUUUCAUAUUGUAUUUAGGAAUGCAUGCACUACACUGGAGCAGUUAAAUCGGAGAAGAAACCGUUCUUAUCUGAAUUAGGUACCGAUUUGUAAAACAUGAUUCUUUUAUAGUGUAAUCACUCCUUUCAUAUGGAGUUUUAAUGUUAGGAGCGGGUAUAGUCCUUACAUUUGCCAGAUGGGAGUUUAUUUUUUAAAGUUUUUUUUUUUACACCAAGUGCUUUUGAAACAACCUUUUAUUUGUAAUCAAUGGCUGAUGUCACUUGCCAGAUAUGUACAAUUAAGGAUUCUGCCCAUAGACAAAGUACAGUUCUAUUUCAAAUAUAUUGUUUCGAUAUCUCACAAUGGCCGUUGUCUUAGAUGGAUUCUCUAAUGGAAGAACCAAUCACAGCAGAGCUAUUGAGCCUGCUGCCGCUGCUACGCAAAACCCCCAGCUACGCAGCAGGCUGUCAACCCACAUUUCGGCCUUUCCCAGAGGCCGACAGUGGGGGACGCGGUCCGUCGCUGCGACCGCAUCGAGGUCCCGACCACCUGGAGGGAAGGAGAGGCGUCUGACCUAGGGGUACGUGCCCGGCAGUAGAGGCAGCCAACAGAUCACUAUGGGGCAGAGGCACAUCUCCACUCCUAAAACCCUACCACUCGUGCAGUGGUGCACUUCUAUGCAUCUGCUCACAGGGACCACCACUGGUGAGCAAGAGUCAUCUGACUGGUGAGCAACUCGCUGCAGGAAACUGGCGAGCAUGUGCAGUCAAUGCCCGCCCUAUUCUGUAUCUACGGAUCCUCAACAGAUUUCUGAGAAAGUCCAUAUUCUGUAUGCUUACGCUUAACGUGCUGUCUCGCUCUGUUGAGGCGACUGGUUCAUUUCCGUAGAGACCGUAAGAGAAAGACAGAUCUGUUUGUACCGGAUUCGAACCCACGCCAGCGGCCCUAACUGCUAGGCUGUCGCAGGACGCUUAUUUUCACAUAAGUAUUCUGCCGACACACAGGAGGUUUCUCAGGUUCGCCUUUCAAGGCAAAGCUUCCGAAUACCUCACUGUUUUCUUCGGGCUAGCGUUGGCUCCCUGAACGUUCAAGUGUGUAGAGGCGGCGCUAGCACCCCAGAGGGGUUAAAAGUAUCCUCUUACAUAGACCAUUACCUGCUUUGCUCCCCUACACAGAAGCAAGCAGUACUAGACAUGGCUUCUCUUGUAUAGCACUUCACCGAGCUAGGGUUCAAGGUCAACCAGAAAAAGAGCUGUUUGGUGCCCACUCAGAGAAUAGAAUACCUUGGCGUCAAGCUGGAUUCUCUCUUAUCGGGCAACACUAUUGGACCACUAGGACUACUGAGAAUGACACUUCCAGAGUUGGGUAAAAACUGUCAACGUUGGCACCUCAAUCGAAAGAUGAAGGUUUCCACGGACUGUCUCUCAGCUCUCCGUCACUGGAAGAUCCCCUCAAUCUUCUUUUCAGGCACCCCCUUAGGGGUAGUGUCAUCGAGGAAGGAGGUGACGACAGAUGCAUCAGUCAAAGGAUGGGGCGCAGUUCAUGAGGGAAGAGCAAUAAACAGACUGCGAUCCCCAUAAGUUCCGCCACGCUCGUAUAAAUGACCUCAAACUGCUGAGUGUUUCAUUUGAAAUUGUCACAUCCUGGUCAGAACAGACAAUAUUACUGGAGGCAUACAUCAACCACCAGGAUGGCACUUUCUCGCUGCGCUUACACAGACUGCCAAGAGUAUUCUGUGGAGCAGUGCACAUCUCUCAUUAUGCGUGACACAUGUCCCGGGUGUACUGAAUGUGGGAGCGGACUUGUUGUCCAGGGGGAAUCCCAGAUCUGGGGGAGAGUUACCGUAGAUCGCUUCACAGAAAGACACGUUGUCCCUUGGCCAAGAAUGUUGCUCUAUGCUUUCUCUUCUAUGCUUGAUCCUCCCCUCUCUGAACAGAGUGAGGGAACAAGGCUUAUCCCUGAUCUUGAUAGCCCCUCGAUGGCCAGGAAAGCUCUGGGUAGCAAAGCUCGCUUUACGACGAGCCCCGGCAGCUACCAUUACGCAAGGGAUCUACUGACCCAAGCGAACAGAGAGAUUUUCCACCCUUACCCGGAAACCAUGACCCUCACUGUAUGGGAACAAGUGGUGCAUAUUUGAGAGGUGGCGUGACCAGACAGAAUUCCUUACCAAUGCUCUGUAUCCAAGGUUUUAUGCUUCUUGCAGGAUUUUAGACAGAGGGGAGGCAUUCUCCACUGUUAAGGUUUAUUUAGCCGUCAUAUCUGCCUGUCGUAUAGACUUCAACAAUCACACAGUAGGGAAAUGCCCUCUUAUGUUUUAUGAAGAGAGUGCGUCGUUUACGCCAUCGCCAAGCCUUUAACUCAGUCUUGGUACUUUGCUUGAGGCAAUUUCCCAGCAGUUGCUGGAAAGUGUGGAGAUGAAAUAUCUCUGCCCAAAACGAGUGAGUGAGUUGCAUGCACUGUCAGUUCAACAUUCAUGCCGACAGUUUGCCCCAGGGUUAUCCAAGGUAACACUGUAACUCAACCCUGCUUUCAUGCCUAAGGUCAGCGGCAAUUACAAUUGUCUAGUCUUGGAGUUUAUGGCUUUCCACCCGCCGCCCUUCACUUCUAUGGAAGAAGAGCAUCUCCACUGUUUGUGUCCAGUACGAGCUUUGAACAUCUAUUCUGAACAGAAAUAUAAAGCGCAACAUGCUAAAAAUGUAAGGAAAUCGGUCCAUUUAAAUGAAUUAACUAGGCCCUAAUCUAUGGAUUUUACAUGACUGGGCAGGGGCGCAGCCAUUGGUGGGCCUGGGAGGGCAUAGACCUCAUGCUGUUUAAUCAGCUUCUUGAUAUGCCACACCUGUCCGGUGGAUGGAUUAUCUUGGCUAAGGAGAAAUGCUCACUAACAAGGAUGUAAACAAAUGUGUACAAUUUUAAAUGAAAAAGCUUUUUGUGCAUAUUUAAUGUUUAUGGGAUCUUUUAUUUCAGCUCAUGAAACCAACACUUUAUAUGUUGGAUUUAUAUUUUUGUUCAGUAUACUUGGAUAGAACGAGAGCAUGGUAAGAGUGACCAACUCUCCAUCUCCUAGGUGCCCCCCCUGCAAAAGGGCCCCUCUCUUGUCAACGACUCCCAUAGUGGAGGCUAUUAUAAUAGCAAGGGUUUGCAGCCCCCUGGGGGCUUGAAGGCUCAUUCCACUAGCUCUUGGGCACUGAUUAAGGGCAUUUGUUUGCAAUACUGCACGUUGGGCCACCCCGCAUACAUUUGAGGUUUUAACAGCUGGAUGUUUCUGUUCCUUCGUUGGUGCAUACUGUCCUCCGUGUUGGUGCCAUAGGGGUGAUAUUGUUGGGACUAGUCUGGCUUCGGAGAGCAAGUGGGCAAUCUAUAUCCCCAUUGUGAGAAAGUGAAGCGAUAUAUUUGAAAUAGAACUUGGGGUUACUUACGUAACCGAGAUUACGAAGUUACAUUUACGUCAUUGUGAGUGACUAGACUAAACACGAUUGCACUGCAAUUAAACACAUUUUCCAGCGAUAAUCCCAUGUCUGAAUGUCUGUGGUUGUACUUCACCUCUCAAACAACUGACUUGUCAUUUUUUUAUGUUGUACUCAAAUUUGAUUGAAUAUUAAAAUAUAUUUCUUAUUUCUACUGUAA